CUGAGAGAAGAAAAGUUACAAGAGGAAAAAACUUCUGAAGACCAAAUCCACAAACUAUUGCCAGAGGAUACAGAAACAGGGAAAAAGAAAAUGGAUGAACAGAAAAAAAGAGACGAACCAUUAGUACUGAAAACAAAUCUGGAGCUUUGUCCUGCACGUCUCUCAGAUUCAGAGAAUGAAGAACCUUCUCGAGGCCAGAUGGCACAGACACAUCGCUCGGCAUUUGUUUCCAAGAACAACUCAUACUCCUUAGCUUUCUUGGCAGGGAAGCUAAACUCUAAAGUGCAGAGGAGUCAGAGCUGCAGUGACACAGUUCAGGACAGAGUAAAGAGCAGACUCAGAGCAGCUCCACCCAACAAAGCCAAGGUCACAACUAUGACUCCAGCCUCCAAUCCCAUCAUUGGUGUGCUCUUGUCCACUCAAAACAACCGCUGCCUCUCAGCCCCUGACUUAACCAUCGAAAAGCGCCUGCCCUUUAGUUCCCUUUCAUCCUUGGCUUCCUUGCAUAAACCAGAGCGCUCUAUCAGCCCUGAGAGCAAUGACAGUAUCUCUGAAGAGCUAAACCAUUUCAAGCCCAUUGUCUGCUCUCCAUGCACUCCUCCCAAGAGACUUCCUGAUGGCCGUGUACUGAGUCCCCUCAUCAUCAAAUCAACCCCUCGCAACCUCAGCAGAAGCCUACAGAAGCAGACUUCUUAUGAGGCUAGUCCACGGAUCCUCAAGAAAUGGGAGCAGAUCUUUCAGGAGCGGCAGAUCAAAAAGACCCUUUCAAAAGCCACUCUCACCUCCCUGGCUCCUGAAACAGGAGAAGACUUACCAAGUUCUGAAGGUAUGCAUUCUAGCAAGGAGAAGCCCCUUCUGGCUUUAAAUACAAGGCUGUCCAGUGGGCAGGUGCUCUCCGAGUACACUGGACCCACCUCCACUGACCUUGAGUAUUUCCCCUCUGGUAGCCAAACAAAAGUAGAACAGGGCAGUGAUAAAAAAAGAAGCACUGAGGUCCCACUGGAAACUUGCUAUUCUUCAGAACUCAGAGAAGCCAGUGGGGCUUCUUUAGAAGGACAACAAUUUGAGGGGUCAGGGUCAACCCCAGAUGCUAUGUCAGACAAGACCUGUAUAAGCACAACCAGGAAAAUCUCGACAGUUAACUCAGUACUACCCCAAAACAAUGUUUUGGGUGGGGUCCUCAAAACAAAGAAACAGCUAAAGGCAUUGAAUCAUUUUGACCUAGCUAAUGGUGUCCUGGUAGACAGCCUAGAUGAGGAACCACUUCCGUCUUUGCGUCGGGGCCGGAAAAGACACUGUAAGACCAAGCACUUGGAACAAAACGGCUCCCUAAAAAAACGGCGACAAACCAGCAGUGAAGGGGGUCUGGCCCCAAAAGACCCAGUGCUGCGGGAGAUGGAGCAGAAAUUGCAGCAAGAGGAAGAGGACCGGCAGCUGGCUCUGCAGCUACAGCGCUUGUUCGACAAUGAGAGGCGGACUGUGAGUCGGCGGAAAGGAAGUGUGGAUCAGUAUCUCCUACGGUCCAGCAGCAUGGCUGGGGCCAAGUAGCAUUUAAUGAACAGUGUUAACUAUUUUAAGAGGUCUUUGGGCCUUGAUCAUUUAUCCAGAGUUGCUGAGUGUUCUCUCACAUUGGGUUUCUUUUCAUUGCAAAACAUUGUCUAAUAAUGGUUCUAAGAGGUUUCAAGGUCUUGAUAAAGUACGAGGAACUGCAUCUCUGUUCUCCCUGACCCAGGCCAAAAGCACUCCUCACACGGAGUGACCCACCUCUGAGGCUUCUGGGCUAAGUUUGGUGGCACUCACUUGGAAUGAGAUUUGGAAUGACCUUAUUCAGGAGAAUAAUGGCCAGAGUUAGAAAUGGUUGAGGAAAGAGAGGAUACCUUCUCAAAGUGAUAGACCUCCUGACUUCUUUCAACAGGGUAUUGUCUUAAAUCAGCCUUGCAGAUAAAAAAUUAAUUCGUCUUUUUUCCAAAGUGGAGCAGUGUAGUAGUACUUUGAAAGGUCCAAAAUGAUAAAUUUUUACGUUCUUUCUCUUUCCCCUUGCCACAAGUAGCUCUACCUACCUAAAUCAGUUGAGCAUAUGCUUCUACAAGAUCACAUUCACAGACAUUGUUUAACUUGGUCUUCCUAAGAGACCUAAUUUUUAACAAUGGAACUGCUGUGCACACGUUCAGGUUCUCUCAACUAAGUGGCAUAGCCCAGACUGAAGCUAAGUAUCCUGGCAACAAAUCCCAUGGAUUUCCUACACGCAUGGGUUGUACGAAUGAACUGCAAUCCAAGGGUAUGCCAGGGUUAUCUAGAGAAAGCUGGCUGGGCAUUGGCAUGUGCCCAACAGUGCAUAACCCACCUGCAAGUUGUUAAGAUUGAUGGGCUGUGUAAGCAUAUGCUGUGCAGUUCUCCCCCUUUCCCCAUUUACAGUCUUCUGUUUUCCUAGGGGUUCCAGCCUGUGAGACGAACUGCAAUGGGGCUUCAUUAUUACUUUCCACAUGGUAGUGGUUAUCUGCAAUGUUGAUCUAAAAUCCUAAAAAAUUGCCCCAAAGUCAGGUAAAGAACAAUGCUGAAACUCCAUACUAUGGAAACAAGGUAUCUAGCUGGAUACAGCUGGUAAAUUCAGUCCCAUGGACCUUUGGGGUUUACUUUUUAGCAGCUGACACCAUGUGUCUUUUGCAUCCUUAGUGGUGCUUGGUGCUUCUGCCCUUCUGGGCUCAUUGAGAAUAGGGAUCAGGUUGAUUUUAGGGAAUCUCAGAUGGGCUGGCAUUCCCUUAGUAUGAACUGUUACCAUAGUCAUGUGACUGGCAUUUUAACAAACCUUCCAGAGCUUGUAUACCCCAAUGUAUGCCGUCCCCCUUGAGUUGCCCCAGCAGGAAUUGCAGUUUUUCCAGUGAUACUGCCUUUGGUCAAAAUGUUUCUGAAAUUCUCCCCUAAGUCUAGAAACAUCUAGAGACGUAGGCUCACUCCUAAAAUGUUGGAACUCAAGGGACCUUAAUGGUUAUCUGUUCUAACCUCCUCUGUUCACUAAGGCAGAGGCCGAGGCCCAAAACAGACUCACUGGUCAAGGAAGUACAUAUAGCACCUUCUUCUCAGGGCAGAUCUUUAAUCUUUUGGAGGUAUAGGAGAAGAAAAUUUAAAUGUGGAAUUAGUCAGAAGCUAUUUGAAGCCUCUUGAAGAAAGGUGGGUUAUCCAGAGGGUUAUAAAUGUGAAGUAGUCAGAGCCAUUUUCUCCUUCAGCUCAUUGUUCCCGGACAGUUCCCAAAGAGGAGUCCAGCGAUGUCAGGCGCAUUGUGGUCAUCACUGAGAUAACGAGGAGUCUUUAGUGACUAUUCUGCCUGGGAAUCAUCCCUCAGCUGAGUGUAUGUAUGCUGAGUGUUUGUAUUCCCUGUGCGUGCAUGUGUGCAAAUUAUGUUUUAAAAACAUAUGCCAGUCUCACACUUUAUAUUCACACCACUUCAUUCUAGAUCCCACGCAAUUUACGGCCUCUGAGAGGUGUUAGAGGUCAUAUUAGUGGCCCAAAUAGAAGAGCUGGCACUUGGCCUUCAGAGGCUAGGGAGAGUGACCUUACUAAAUGCUCAAUAGAGAAAACUUACCAGUUUUUGCCAUUUUGUGUCAUCCCUUUUUGAUCUUAGUAAAUAUUAUUGGAAGACAAAUAUUAUUGGUAGUAACAAAGACACUUAUUUUUCCACUUCUCACCUUUUUCUAUAUCUCCAGUAAUUUAAAAAACACUUUCAGUUGGAAUUGAUUUUUUGGUAAAAAGAAAAGUAUUUUUAAUAGAUGAAAGAUACAUAUUUUAAAUAUUUCCCCAAGUUAAUACUUUCAUUUUAAGAACGUUUACAGCAUUAGCAACAAGUUUAGGCUUCGGGUUCAGCGUAAAAAACUAUUACUUGCUAAGAAAAUAUUCCAAACACUAGAUCCAGCUUAUUGACUAUCCCCUAUGUACUUACUGUUAUGUCCAGCAUGGUAUAGACAGGUAUUUUCCACACUUCCAGCUGAGCAGUAGUCCUUCAAAUAUAGGCAGAGCAGUUUAGGUUAAGGAGAGAAGCGACUUAAUCUUUACUCUGCUUGGCUUUGGAGAAGGAAAAAAAAACUACUAAGGUAUUAUCUGCAUUUUAAGAUGUUUCUGGCCAGGUGUGGUGGCUCACACCUGUAAUCCUAUUUGGGAGGCUGAGAUUGGGAGAAUCAAGGUUUGAGGCCAGCCUGGGCAGAUAGUUUGUGA